AGUCGUCGCUCAAAACUCAAAACUCAAAACCCAAAACCCAACACUAAGAGCCGCCACCACCACACUGCUGCAGCGACAGGCCCACAGCCACCACCAGGGCCGCCGCACCCCCAAUGCAGAAGCCAUCCAAGAAACCCAAACACAGCGGCGACGGCGCUCCAGCCGCCACCUACAUAUCCUCGUCGCCCCCGCCCCCUCCGCGUCUCACCCACGAGGAGGAAGACUCCGUCAUGGUCGCCACCCUCAAGAACGUCAUCGCCGGAGGCGCCAGCACCUCCCAAGAAGUCCCUCUUCCGCCAAUGCUUUCGGAGUUCGCCACCACUUCGCCCACUGUCAGUGGGUCCAGCGGAGAAGCGGUCUUCUACCUCUCCUAUCCCGACACGUGUCACGUCUGCGGAAUCUUCGGUUGCCUGGGGUGCAAUUUCUUUGAGCAUUCGAUUUCGAGCCCGAACCCGAAUCCGAGCCCGAACCCGCAUCCGAAUCCGACUUCGAAUCCUAAUAAUAAUAAGACGACGACGAAGAAGAAGAAAAAUAAUUACCGGGGAGUGAGGCAGCGACCGUGGGGGAAAUGGGCGGCGGAGAUUCGAGACCCGCGGCGGGCGGCGAGGGUUUGGCUGGGAACUUUCGACACGGCGGAGGACGCGGCGCGUGCGUAUGACCGCGCAGCCAUCGACUUCCGGGGGCCGCGGGCGAAGCUGAAUUUUCCGUUUCCGGAAAGCACCGUGAACGAGAGUUCGCAUUCGGAGCAGCAGUUGCAGCGAGAGAAUCCGGCGAGGAGCGGUGGUUUCGCGGCGGAGAUUGUUACGGCGGCGGAACCUUCGAGCCGGCAAGAAAAUUUCUGGGGAAUGGUUGGGGGAGAAGAGUUUCAGGAUUGGACGAUGACGAUGAACUUCUCGGAGGAUUCGCCAGAUUCUGCUACAGGAAGCAUGCAAAUAUAGUUUUUUUAUAUAGUAAUUAGUAUAUAUAUAUAUAUAUAUAUAUAUAUAUAUAUAUAUAUAUGAGGGCGUCUUCUUUUGAUGUUCUUCUUUCUCAUGCAUGUAAGAGUGGUGUUAUAGUUUCUUGGUAAUAUUUUUAUAUGUGUUCUAUUUGAGAACAUAAGCUCGUGAAUAUAAAUUGUAAAUUGUAUGAAUUUGAAUAAAUUUGAAUGUAAAAGUAUCUAUAAUUUUACUUCAA